GAAGAGGAUGGAGGGGGUGGUGUCCCCAGCCUGGGCUCGUUGUCUCUUUACCAAGUCAAGAAUUCCAGACUCGGUGUUUCAGCCACGGCCUGGAGAUCAUGAAAAGUAUGGAGGUGACCCUGAGCAGCCCCACAAAAUCCACGUUAUUACCAGAAUAAAGAGUGUCAUUGGUCGCCCCUACUGGGAAAAGAAGAUAGUACGUGACCUUGGGCUGGAUAAAGCACAUCAGCCAAGGCUGCACAAAAAUAUCCCUUCUGUGAAUGCCAAACUGAAAAUCAUUAAACAUCUGAUAAGAAUAAAGCCACUGAAACUACCCUAUGGGUUGCCAACAGAAGAGGAACUGUCCAGCACCUUUCUCACAACCAGGGGAGAGCUUAUCAUUAAACAGCGUCUGAAGCCUGUGGAGCAGCAAGAAGUUAAGUCCUAAGGUGUGCAGAGUGGAUUUAGAUUUUGUAAAAUAAACAAGUGAAAUCCUGAUUUAA